CCUUCCAGUUCCUUUGUGUUCCCUUCGACUUCUUUAUUAUUUAGCACAUGGGGCAGUUGUUCUCGGGCGAAGUGGGGGAGCGACAGGAUACUUCUUUUCAUGUAUUCUACAACUAUCGUAGCAGUGAAUUUCCUUUGUGGGUAGUGAUCUGGUUCAUGAUGUACCUCUAAAUCUAUUGAAUAUGUCCCAGUGUGAAUGGUCAUUAUUACGAAAGUUGGCAGUCAGCUUCCAUGUUCGCCUUGCCCUGCACUUGCAACGAUCGUCAGGGUGCGGCAGUCGUGGAGGGGCGCCAUCAGGCUUGUGCGCGCCAGCCAGGACUGGAAGUGGCAGAACGAAGGCAUUUCGUCAUCACUCAAACGCCCACGACCUGGUUUGCGUGCCCGCUUCUUGAAGCUACAAAAGUUGAUCGCCCAUUCUUCUUCAUCCAACAUCCUCUUCUGCAUAUUGCCUGCCUCAUUCGACUGUUGAACUCCAAUCCGGGUUCUGUCUUCUCUUCGGUAAGUUGCACCUAUUGGGUCACGCACAGGGAGCGUCAUAAGCAGCAGCGGGUUCCGAGCGCCGAACAGACAGCGCCAGCCUCCGCUUCUUGCCAGAUUGCACUCGACUCCUCCACAAGGCACCCAACUGCUGUGUAUAAACUCGAGUACCAUUGGUCUUACGCAUUCAAUACCACAGUUCGCUAUCUAGAGCUCCGCUGACCGUUCAAGCUGCACAUUACGUAGCCCACACGACACAGUCGAAAUCCCACAAUGGCCCCUCCUCCGCCCUCCAACCUUCCUCUGGGCCAGCGCCUAGCUGCCCUCGCGCAGACCCUGCAGUUCGCCUGGUUCGCCGGCCACGUUACGCUGCUGCUGGCUUCGCUGAGAUACGGACUGUCCUACAUCACCUUCAACUAUAACUCGAAAUG